GUAGCUGGAAAUGCAAUAUCGGUCUACAUGCUCUCUCUUUCCUUUCUUUGCAAAUCCAGAUUAUUGACCCUCUUAGCUGACCUAAUAAAUAUACUGUGUUAGAGGACUGAAUAAUCUAGGUAACUAAAUAAUGACAGAUAGAACAGCCAACACGUCACCCUUGAGAGGAUAGUUAUAUAACGAAGGCUAUGUUGUUUAGCGACGAUCAAAUUAUUUGUUUAAAUAACACAUUUGGAAAAAAUGUACAAGGUAUCUUUUGUUUAGCUCGGCGAUACAUUGAUGUAUGUUGCAAACCCAUAUGCUGCCACCGUUAAAGGGGCUCGUUCCUGCGGCUGUUUCUUUAAGACCAUCAGGUGGUGGAACACCACGAAAAGGAGGAAAUAGGAAGUGGAUUCUGAACUCUUAGCACAAAGAAAAGAAACUGAUUGAAAUUGCGAAACAUGGCGGGGAUUAAAGCAUUGGUGGGACUGUCCUUCACUGGGGCUAUUGGUCUGACCUUCCUGUUGUUGAGCUGUGCAUUGGAUCAGUAUGGGGUGUAUUGGCCAUUUUUCGUCCUCAUCUUCUACGUGUUGUGCCCCAUCCCUCACUUUAUCGCCAAGAGAGUCAGCGAUGACGGGGACUCAGGCAGUAACGUCUAUCGCGAGCUGGCGUACUUCCUGACCAGUGGCAUUGUGGUGUCUGCUUUCGGUCUGCCCAUGGUCCUUGCCCACGUCUCAGUGAUCCAGUGGGGUGCCUGUGGACUGGUGUUGGCAGGCAACACGGUCAUCUUUCUCACCAUCCUAGGCUUCUUCCUGGUGUUCGGCGGCGGGGAUGAUUUCAGCUGGGAGCAGUGGUAGGGAGCCUCAACCCAAUGAAGACGGAGAGCCGGAGAGAAGAAAACUGACAGCCCCCCCCCCAUAUACACUACAUUUAGGUGGGGGAAGAAGUGCGAUAUGGGAACACCAAGGCCAAACUGUACUGCUAAUGCAAAUCUUACUAUGCUUUUGCAGCAGAAAAAUCCCCCCCAAAAAGGGAAAUGCAGGACAAGACAGAAAGUCAGUUUAGGAGUCUGAAGUAAAAGAAGAGAUGGACAAAGGUGGUUUAAGCUGCAUUAACAUAAACUUCCACCAUUUCUGCUUGCGUUGUGGCUGCUUGCAGACAGUGGCCUUUAACUAAGACCUGCCUUUGUCUGCCUCUUCCACACUCCUCACUGUACAUACAUACAACAAACCUGUUGCCGUGGCUCCCCUUCAUCUGUCAUUCAUCCCCUCUGAGGUCUUCCUGUUUCAGUAGAGGUGUCUGCUUUGGUCUUGCCUCAUGCAAUGACCCAUCUUCAAAUGUGCUUUACCUCUUGGUUUUUAACAUGAUGGGGAUGGUCAUACUGCUCUGAUGUCCAUCACCACAACAUUGCGGGAGCCUUUGUAUUGUCUGCUUUUUUGAUGGUUACGAGUUUUCUGUUCCACUCUUUGUAAUAUUAUCGUUGUAUUAUACUUUUUAUGUAGCUGUGGAACGCAUGUAGAAGUCACUGUCAUGCAAGCUAACUGAGCUGACAUCAGUCUUGUAAUUGACAUAGCCUUUUCUAAUCUCAGUUAUAUUUAUUGAUGUCUAAAUGAUUAUCAGGAGUUUUGUAUUACACAGGAUAUUCCAUCUCACCUCUUUGUAAUAUGGGGGUUUUAAAGUGUACAAUAUUACACUACAAUAACCAAAGCUGACUGAGGCUAUGUUCAAAUCUACACUCUUUCUUCAAAUGUACCUUCUCAACACAAUCAUGCUAUAGGAUUUGAAACAUGUCCACACAUAUAGCUACGCAUUGACAAAUUAACAAAGGGACUUUUUUUGAUGGCAAUACAGCAAGCACCUUCUGUAAAUUGGCAAAGUGAAUAUGACGAGUGUAUGAGUACCUUUGUUGAAGGCAGUUGAAUAUUAAGAACAUGUGUAUUUGUUUUGCAGUUUGUAUGUGUUAUUAGUAAAUAUAUUGCACUUAUGUUUACUGUA